UUCGACUUCUCAGUCAGAAGUGCAUUUCCCAGUUUCACAAAUAUGUAGAAAAAGACGAGCAGCUGCUGUCAGUAUGAAUAGUUGGACUGAUAUGCUGUCAUCUUUGAAACAAGAAGAGGGGGAAUAUGCAAAGUGCUCUAAUCCUACAGGUGGUGGGGAGGUUGAGUGUUGGAACAGCCACGUCAGUGAGACCAUCGCCAAUGACAUCGGAAGAAAGCUAUGCCAGUGGUUCUACUUUACAUUACCCAAACAACUACAUCAGAAGCAUCAACCUUUUAACGAACUGGCAUCCAGUUAUUUUACGGAGAAUGUACACCUUCAGUGCACCUAUAACAUAAAAGGUCAAAAUAAAUUAGAGUCUACAGGUCUUAUGUUGACUACAUGGGUUCUGUCUGGAAUAUUCAAAGAAGAGAAUCUCCUCUUCAGCCCAAAUCUUGAUCUUGGAGGACUAAAGACAGGACACGACAGAUAUGGAGUAUUGACUGUGGAAAUCUCUGGGACUGUACACAAGGACAAUUCCUAUAUUGGUAUAUUUGAUCACACCUUCAAAGCUGUUCGUUUGCCAGGCGGACAGAACUUUAUAAUCAAAUCUGUUCAACUCAACAUGCACACAUAGGGGUAUGACACAAUAUGCAUUAUAUUGAAAGAAUAUAUGGGGUCAUUUAUUAGGAUUGGUGUUUUAGACGCCGGUCUUAAUAACCGUGCUCUGGCGCUUGAUGCGCCUAAGUUAUGUAGAGGUGCCGGCCUCUAUAUAACUUAUACGCUGGAGAUGCAACUUUCUAGUCCAAAAAUAGGUGUAGAAAAUGCUAAAUAAGACGGGCCGGACAGCCUCAUUCUCCGCCCACGCUAUGCCCCCUUUUUCUGCCAUCUCGGAAAAGUGGCAUGAGUGGGAAAAGUCAUAGAUUCAGGCGCAAAUUCCCUUUGAGAACGAAUCUGUGACAAAAGCACGCCAAAAAGUAGCGUACAUCUCAUCAUAAAUAACCUCCAUAGUUAUUUUGUUGACAUGGUUAUGUCGACCUUUACAAGCAAUGCAUCUAGAAUCAAAACCAACCAAACAGACUUUCAUUUUGUGUCUGUAGCUUCUGUAGCUUUUAUGUGUCUCCAAGGUAACAGACCACAAACCCUCCAUGUUGUCAGGACCCUGGAGCUAUUUCUUGCUGUGCUCUAUCCGCUUUCCUCUACGAGGUCAGUAGCUUUCUCUUCAUAACUUCAGCAGAUCCACUGCCAGCGCAGUGCCCUAUUAAGAUCGGCGUCUAAAACGGCACUGCGUACCCCCAAUCCCGACAAUGGUCUCUUGAUGUUUUGCAUCGAUAAUGGGCAGUGACCCUGAAACAGCUGUCUGCAGAUGAGGCACUGGCUUAGCUAUAAUCUUAAGUUAUUUCUCCUAUAUAAGAUAGCUAGCUUAUAUCUGGUGCAUUAGAAAUUCAGCUUCUUUUUAUUUUUGGAAGGAGAGCUAAUUAUCAAGUAGAGCAGAACACACAGCGCGGAGUAACACAUGACUUCAAGUUCAGACUACACACAGCAUUAUUAGUAGUCUGUAACCAUGGUGAUAUGUAUCUCGAAUCAUAGGAGUUAUAUACACAAAAUUGUAGCAUAUUUUAAUCAAGACUUUGAGCAGAGUUUCUUAAUUUCCAUGUAUUAAGGCAAUAACUAGAAUUCUUUGGAAGGCUGGCAUAGCCAGCUGGACAUUUAUGGCGUUUUCAUAGGAUAUGUCAAAGAGUUAUGGAAGGUGUGGGUCCUAUUUCUGUGACAAGCACCUAUAUCAAAGAAUGGGACCCCAUUUUGCAUCAUUGGGAAUGAAGAGGUGGCUGGACACAUGUGGCUCUCUCCUGUCACUACUAUAGAAGUUCUGAAAAUAUCCAAGUAUCUAAGUGUGCUCGGCUAUUUUCAGAACUCCCAUAGAAGAUGUGGUCACCUCGGACAUUUAUGUCAUAUCCUGUAGUAGUCUACAUUUACACAAUGAAACUGGGCUUUAAAUGACUGUUCAAUAAAAGACAAAUUUCACAGCGCAAUAAUAAUAUUUUCCUUAUGAUAAAACUAUAAUGCCUUAACAUCUUAAGGACUGUAUUUUGGAAUAAGAACAGCAAGAAUUUGCAUUUUCACAGCUGGAACUUUUUUUUAAAUUGACAUUGGGGAUUACCUGAAUACAAAAUACGUCUACUUCUUUUUAUGUUUUACUGCUUUUCAUGUGUUGCUGGGAGUAGGUAGGGUAAAAGAGGGACCCCACACCCUGUGAUUAACCACAUAGAUGCUACAUAUGCUUUUGACCGUGAUAUCUAAGGGGUUAAAAGGUUGUUAGAGGUAAUAUAUUGUAUAAAGGUGAAAAAAAAAAAUUAUCAAAUGAUUAUGAUAUAAAAUUAUCCUGAUUACACCACAAUUCACAGUAUACAGCUUAAUAGUGCAAUAGGUCUGGACCACAAACAAAAUGGAGAAUUACCCUCCACACACCAUGAAACACUCCUGCUCCUUUGUUCAUGAUCUCAGUCCAUGGAUGUUAUUCCCCUUUAAAUUAUUCCAAUUUGUCAAGGAAAUAGACCAAUGGGGUCAUUUAUCAAACUGGUGUAAAGUAGAACUGUCUUAGUUGCCCAUAGCAACCCAUCAAAUUCCACCUUUCAUUUUCCAAAAGGAGCUGUCAAAAAUGAAAGGUGGAAUCUGAUUGGCUGCUAUAGACAAGUAAGCCAGUUCUACUUUACACCAGUUUGAUAAUUGACCGCAUAAAAGUUUGAAAAUCACAAAAAAAUUGGCAAUAAAUGCAGCGGGCCACUCCACCCGGGGCCCCAAAUGGGUUCAUGGAAAAC